CGUCAAAGUAAGACAGCCUUAGAGACAGCUGCGUUGCUCGGCAAUAUACCUAGUACAAUGCACUAUACAUUUGAUUUCGCCCAGAACGUCACACUUCCGCAUCAUGCUCGUCAGAUGGGACCUCUUUACUUCUUGUCAUUGAAAAAGGUUACAAUUUAUCUACCAUUUCUUUGUUUCUCAUCUCAUUUGUAUUUACAAUGCGUUAUUUAGAAUGCAGACUAUAACUUAUCAAUUAUCUGCCAAUUUUCAACGCGCCUUUUCAGUAAUUUAUGGUUGAAUUUCAAACACGCAUGAAUAAAUCUACGGACACCGGCUGGCCAGUGAUAAAUUACCAAACAUUUGAAUUACAUUAUCAUACUGCAACUAAAAAAAAAACACUUUAUAAAAAUAAGUAACGGAAGUAGAUUCUCGUCCAAAGACAUUAUUAGAUAAACGUUCUACACAUUCUAAAAAUGCACGCAUGUGCAAAUUAUACCAUAAUGAAGUUAUUUCAAUUUUUGUGCCAGCAUUUUUUGAUGAGAGCCAGUGCAUCGGCGUAGACGGAAAGCUGUCACACGGUCCAAAUGCUGUUAUUAGUAUGAUGCACCAUGCUUUCCAACGCGUUGGUAAACAGGAAGAUAAUUGUUCAUUACAUGCUGAUAACUGCGCUGGACAAAACAAAAACAGAUAUGUGUUAGCCUAUCUUUCAUGGCGUGUAAUGACAGGACUGCACAAAAGAAUUGACCUACACAUGCAGAUUCCUGGUCACAGUAGAUGUCUUGUAGACGCUGGAUUUGCAAAUUUUAAGAGAUUAUACAGGCGAUGUGAUGCAGAUUCCUUGCUUGAUCUUGUAAAUCAAGUAAACAAGUCUUCAACCGUUAACGAAUCAGUGAGCUACCCAGAAUGGACAUGGUUUGACUGGAAGACAUACUUUAAUCAGUACUACAAAGCCCUACCGGGAAUUUCAUCAUAUCAACAUUUCAGAAUUGAGCACAAUAGACCUGGCGAGGUAACUGUGAGGAAAACUCCCGAUGGUGACGAAAGAUCGUUCAAACUCUUACGAUAUUCGGACACUACGUUCACUGCAGAACAAAUGCCACCUGUACUACUGUCAGGCGGUCUCUCAUUUGAAAGACAGAUGUACUUAUACAGAUCUGUACGUCCAUACGUGCGACAAAAUUCGCAAGAUGAAACGUGCCCGCUACCUACAAGAGAAGAGUAACUCUUCCGCUGGAAAUACAAUAAAAAAAAAUCUAUGUACUGAAAAUCUAAAAAUUGAUAAAUAGAGGAUAUUAAAUGAGUGUAAGUUCAAUACUGAAUUUAUUGCACGAGUUGAAUAAAAUUAUAUUAUGCGAGCCUCUGGCGAGCAUAAUAUUAUUUUAUUCAACGAGUGCAAUAAAUUCAGUAAUGAACUUACACGAAUUUAAUAUUCUAUUUAUCACAUACCCAAAAUAAAGACCAUUUAAAGUGAAAAAAGAGUCAUUUUUAAUUGACUCGCCUAUAGUAUAACGCUAACAUGUCGUGCGUCUUUACACUAUGUUUGUAUAACGCUAAUGACGUCACGUCAAAAUAUAUGCACGGCCGUGCAAUACCAUAUUUACGGAGUCGCAAAAUCGGCACGGGUGUGUGAUAAUAUAGUAUACUGGAAAAAAGACUGUGCACACAUAUGUGAACGACGUUGUUUAUUAUUUGAAUAAUCAAUUUUGCAUGCAUUGUCUUAUUUGAAAAUAUUUUUCCAGGAUAAUUAUGUUAAGCAAAAUAAUUUUCCGUUUAGUCAAUCUGACGUACUUUUUAACAACGUCGUACUUUUAAACGACGUCGUUACCAACGUCAACUUAAACGCCGUCACCAGCAACAGGUGUGUGAU